UAGCGGCGCGGAGUCCGAGGGGCGCGGGGGCGGGCGCGGGCCGGAGGCUCGGGGGCGGCGACCUGAGGAGAGCCCGCGGCCUGACGUGGCGGGGACGCGGCCGGCGGGAUCCCCGGGCGCGGGCGCGUAGGGGCCGGGAUCUGGCGCUCGGCCAGGGGCCAGGGUGCGAGGCCUCCUCAGCGCGGCUGCUGGCGCGCCGGCCUCCUGGCACCCGGGCGGGCCCUGUUUCCUGCGGCAGGUCUGAGUGCGGCCUUCCUGGCCGCGACCCUCCGCGCUGGAGCGGGCGGCCUUGCAACAGGCGGGCGAUUUGGGGCCGGCCUGACGAGCCUCAGUUCCCUCGAUCGGGCCAGGGGACUGCAGCCGUAGGAGCCCAGCCUCGCCAGCUCGCCCGGUUUCCUGAGAGGAGCCGGAGAUCGCGCUGUCAGUGCAAAAUCACCAGAGCGCGAAGCGUCGGCUGCCAGUUCUGACCAUUUUAGAUCUGGUGCGGGCCGAGCCGAGUGGAUCUGGGGCGGGCAGCGGGGCACCGCCACCUUCCGCCUGGGCUCCUCCCUGGGCGCCCUCGCUCCGGCCCUCCGCGGGGCCGAGUGCCUCCAAGACGGCUCCCUGGGAGAUUCUUCCAGAGCGCACCCUUUGGAAGGCUGCCCCGCUGGAAAUCAGCACCCACUCCCUCUCCUCUACCGCAGCCGCCCCCUUUGCCUUUGUGGCCGACCUUGCUUCAUGCUGCCAAGGACUGAGUUUCUUUGAGGGGAUACUGCUCGUUCGGGGGCCCUACAGAAGGCUGAGGGUAUCUACUCAGUAAAAUGGUACCGAACUGAAAGUUCCUCUGAAAUGAUUUUGACUCUGCCAUCCAUCACUUCAUAAAAAUUCAUCUUAUAUCCUUCAGUUUGUAGUUAUGUGGCACAUUAAGCUUCCUUUCUUCUCCCCACUGAAACUUCGAACAGUACAAAACAGGGGGAACUUGGCUUGUGAUGACUAAAAUUGGGGAUAUGAGACUGGGGAAGAGCUUCAGGCUAGAGUAGCCGUGUGUCAAGUGAAAAUGGGGCCCGGGGGCGGGCGCGGUGGCUCAUGCCUGUAAUCCCUGCACUUUGGGAGGCCAAGGCUGGCAGAUCACCUGAGGUCAGGAGAGACUAGCCUGGCCAACAUGGUGAAACCCCGUCUCUACUAAAAAUACAAAAAUUAGCUGGGUGUGGUGAUACGUGCUUGUAAUCCCAGCUACUCGGGAGGCUGAGGUAGGAGAAUCGCUUGAAUCCAGGAGAUGAAGGCUGCAGUGAGCCAAGACCCUACCACUGCACUCUAGCCUACACCAUAUAGUGAAACCUCUUCUCUACAAAGAAAAUUUGAAAAAUUAGCCGGGCGCAGUGGUGAGCUCCUGUUGUUCCAGCUUCUGAGGAAGCUGAGAUGGGAGGAUCACUUGAACCUGGGAGCUUGAGACUGCAGUGAACCUCAAGCUGUCUCACCCCAGAUAGCCAGGACUACAGGUGUACACCACCAUGCCUAGUUAAUUUUUAAAUUUUUUGUAGAGAAAGGGUCGCGCUAUAUUGCCCAAGGUGGUCUUGAACUCCACCUACCUGGACCUCCCAAGGCACUGGGAUUACAGGCAUGAGCCACCAUGCCCAGCCUACUUUGCACUUUUUUUUUUUUGGGGGGGGGGGACAAAGUCUGGCUCUGUCGCCCAGGCUGGAGUGCAAUGGCGCAAUCUUGGCUCACUGCAACCUCCACCUCCUGGGUUCAAUCGAUUCUCCUGCCUCAGCUUCCCCCUUCCUCAGCCUUCCGAGUAGCUGGGAUAACAGGCAUGCGCCACCACGCCCCACUAAUUUUUGUAUUUUUAGUAGAGAUGGGGUUUCCUCGUGUUGGCCAGGCUGGUCUUGAACUCCUGACCUCAGAUGAUCCUCCCACGUUGGCCUCCCAAAGUGCUGGGAUUACAGGCAUGAGCCACUGUGCCCAGCCUACUUUGCACAUUGUUUUUUUGUUUGUUUUUUGUUUUUGAGACGGAGUCUCACACUGUCAUGCAGGCUGGAGUGCAGUGGCGCGAUUCUCCUACCUCAGCCUCCCAAGUAGCCGGGAUUAUAGGCACCUACCACCAUGCCCGGCUAAUUUUUUUGUAUUUUUAGUAGAGAUGGGGUUUCACUAUGUUGGCCAGUCUGGUCUUGAACUCCUGACCUCGUGAUCCAUCCGCCUCAGCCUCCCGAAGUGUUGGGAUUACAGGCGUGAGCCACUGCGCCCGGCCACUUUGCGCAUUUUGACUGUUGCCUAAUAUUCUGUCAAAUCACUGUGCCAUGACAUCUGUUCUCCUGAGGGUGGACGUUUUGGUGAUUUAAAACCGUAUAGAUGUGGUUUUAAAUGUUUUAAAUGUUGCAUCCUGUGCUGUGCUCCUUCCCAGCAGAGAAUUGAUUCGUUUUUCGGCAUAUCCCCCUUAGCCCCUAGCUAAGUUUCUUAAAUUGGACUUGGUAAAUGUGCUUUGCCUGCCCAUGGAAGAUGUCUUUCUGUUUUACCGUACUUGUUUUUGCAGUAGGGGUUUAGGGAGUAGCUGCCAUUUAUCCCUUCCCAAGAGAGCAGAGGCACUACUAUGCUCACGGAAGGUGAGGAUCCACCUGGCGGCUUGAUGUCUAUUGGGGUAGUUAGUUGUGGAGGUCACCCUCAGAGAAGGAGGCCCUCUUGACUCUGCGGUGGUCAUGGUGGUGAUGAGAAAGCUGAGGCGUGGGUAUAUGAGACAAGUGCCCAGAGUCUGUCAUUAGCAAGUGGUACAGCCAGCCAUGGGGGCUUUUGAGAUGUUUGUGAGAUAAAACCUCACCCCUCAAGAAGCCGGAAUCUCCUUGUCGUGGGUAAAUAGGCAGGUUUGGGCCGGGCGCGGUGGCUCACGCCUGCAAUCCCAGCACUUUGGGAGGUCAAGGCAGAUGGAUCACCUGAGGUCAGGAAUGCGAGACCAGCCUGACCAACAUGGUGAACCCCCGUUUCUGCUAAAAAUGCAAGAAAAUUAGCUGGGUGUGGUGGUGCAUGCCUGUAAUCCCAGCUACUGGGGAGGCUGAGGCAGGAGAAUCACUUGAACCUGAGAGGCAGAGGUUGCAGUGAGCCGAGAUCGCACCACUGCACUCUAGCCUGGGUGACAGAGCAAGACUCCGUCUAAAAAAAAAAAAAGGCAGGUUUGAAUGGUGGGGCAUAUUUGUCAUGUUCUCUGUACAACGAUAGAGGGAGAAGUAAUCGAGCUAGACCUUGACCAAUAUGGGACUAUGAGAGACAGAAUGGCCUAGAUGGGUGACUAAAGGUGUUCAGGGGAUGACAGGUAUCCCUUUUGGACUAAGGACUACUGCUGGGGCUGAGUAGGUAAGGCUUGAAGGAGAGCAGCCUGGGGAGGAUGAGACAAGAGGUAGGGAAACCGGUAGGGGCAUCACUGCUGUGGUCUGACCCAGAGUGGUGGCCCUGGAGGAGUGGAGGGUGGCUGUCUGAGAUGGAGGAGAGGUGAAGGAAUCAGAACUAGUGGGUUCAUAGGGCACAUGGGUUAGAAAGGAAAAAUAUUAAGACAGUGAGGUUUCCAAGAUGGAAAUGGUAGCUUUGAUAGCAAAAUUAGACAAGUUGGAGGGCUACUAGCUAGAUUAGGCACUGAGCUGUAGGUGAAACUGGGAAUGUGAACCACUGGGAAAGAAGGAUGGGCUCGAGCAGGGUGUGUGGGAUGAAAGAGAGAGGUCAGAAAAGGGAGAAUUACCAUAGGGCAGAGUUUCCAGGCAAGAGAAUCCUAAGUGAGAGGUGGUCAUGGGGUAUACACCUUGGCUGUGGCCAUCUCUGGGGCCUUGGUGAGAAAGAUGAGCCAGCCCAGGAGGGGAAAAGGAAUGGGUGGGUGGCUGGGUAGAGGUCCCAGGUCCUGGAGGCAGACUCAGGGGCAGGCACAGAUAACUGAGUGUGUUUGAUGGGAAGCAGUAGAGCAUCCAGGGGAUGGGGUUGGGGGUGGUCCUGAGCCUCAGUAGUGAAGAGAGAGACCUCUUCUUUUUGGCAAGUUUUAUAUUAGCAUAUAUUUUUCAUUUUUUCUUUUAAAGAUAUAUAAUCAUGUGCCACACAGUGAUGUUUCAGUCAAUGACAGACCAGACCACAUGAAGGAUGGUGGUCCCAUAUUUUUACUGUACCUUGUCUGUGUUUAGAUAACACAGAUUCCAUUGUGUUACAGUUGCCUAUAGUAUUCAAUACUGUGAUAUUGUGAAAUAUAUAUUUGGUCUUGUCUCAUUUCUUGGCAUACAACUUCUAAAAUCUUUGGACUUUCCAGAGUGAUGCCUUUUUGUAUGCUGGCCAGCAGCCCCUAGGUAGCUUCAGGAUGGGGGCUGGUGACAGGAAAGGCCAAGGCAGGCAUAAGAGGGUUGGGACUUUCAGCCUCACCUCUCAACCUCUGGAGAGGGGAGACGGGCUGAAGAUUAAGUUCAUCACCAAUGGCCAGUGAUUUAAUCAGUCAUGCCUACAUCAUGAAGCUUCCAUAAAAAUUCUGAAUGACUGGGUUUGGAAAACUUCUGGAUAGUUGAACACAUGGAGGCUCCUAAAGAGUGAUGUUCCUGGAGAGGGCCUGGAAACUCCGCACCACUUCCCACAUGUCUGGCCCCAUGCAUCUCUUCAUCUUAAAAGAAAGUAGGCCCUGGAAAUGCCACCCCCUUGGCACCCACCUCCCAGACUCCUGGCUGUGUGUCUCCUGACCACUACUCAGGCCACAGUGGUAAGGGAUCUUGUGGCUGUCAGGAUGGCGGAGGAGCAGGAGUUCACCCAGCUCUGCAAGUUGCCUGCACAGCCCUCCCACCCACACUGCGUGAACAACACCUACCGCAGCGCACAGCACUCCCAGGCUCUGCUCCGAGGGCUGCUGGCUCUCCGGGACAGCGGAAUCCUCUUCGAUGUUGUGCUGGUGGUGGAGGGCAGACACAUCGAGGCCCAUCGCAUCCUGCUGGCUGCGUCCUGCGAUUACUUCAGAGGAAUGUUUGCUGGGGGAUUGAAGGAGAUGGAACAGGAAGAGGUCCUGAUCCACGGUGUGUCCUACAAUGCUAUGUGCCAAAUCCUACAUUUCAUAUACACCUCCGAGCUGGAGCUCAGCCUGAGCAAUGUACAAGAGACACUGGUGGCUGCCUGCCAGCUUCAGAUCCCAGAAAUUAUCCAUUUCUGCUGUGAUUUCCUCAUGUCCUGGGUGGACGAAGAGAACAUUCUCGAUGUCUACCGGCUGGCAGAGCUGUUUGACUUGAGCCGCCUGACUGAGCAACUGGACACCUAUAUCCUCAAAAACUUUGUGGGCUUCUCUCGGACUGACAAGUACCGCCAGCUUCCACUGGAGAAGGUCUACUCCCUCCUCAGCAGCAAUCGCCUGGAGGUCUCCUGUGAGACCGAGGUAUAUGAGGGGGCCCUUCUCUACCAUUAUAGCCUGGAGCAGGUGCAGGCUGACCAGAUCUCGCUGCACGAGCCCCCAAAGCUCCUUGAGACAGUGCGGUUUCCGCUGAUGGAAGCUGAGGUCCUGCAGCGGCUGCAUGACAAGCUGGACCCCAGCCCUUUGAGGGACACAGUGGCCAGCGCCCUCAUGUACCACCGGAAUGAGAGCCUACAGCCCAGCCUGCAGAGCCCGCAAACGGAGCUGCGGUCGGACUUCCAGUGCGUUGUGGGCUUCGGGGGCAUUCACUCCACGCCGUCCACUGUCCUCAGCGACCAGGCCAAGUAUCUAAACCCCUUACUGGGAGAGUGGAAGCACUUCACUGCCUCCCUGGCCCCCCGCAUGUCCAACCAGGGCAUUGCGGUGCUCAACAACUUCGUAUACUUGAUUGGAGGGGACAACAAUGUCCAAGGAUUUCGAGCAGAGUCCCGAUGCUGGAGGUAUGACCCACGGCACAACCGCUGGUUCCAGAUCCAGUCCCUGCAGCAGGAGCACGCCGACCUGUCCGUGUGUGUUGUAGGCAGGUACAUCUACGCUGUGGCGGGCCGUGACUACCACAAUGACCUGAAUGCUGUGGAGCGCUACGACCCUGCCACCAACUCCUGGGCAUACGUGGCCCCACUCAAGAGGGAGGUGUAUGCCCACGCAGGCGCGACGCUGGAGGGGAAGAUGUAUAUCACCUGCGGCCGCAGAGGGGAGGAUUACCUGAAAGAGACACACUGCUACGAUCCAGGCAGCAACACUUGGCACACACUGGCUGAUGGGCCUGUGCGGCGCGCCUGGCACGGCAUGGCAACCCUCCUCAACAAGCUGUAUGUGAUCGGGGGCAGCAACAACGAUGCCGGAUACAGGAGGGACGUGCACCAGGUGGCCUGCUACAGCUGCACGUCUGGACAGUGGUCAUCCGUCUGCCCACUCCCUGCUGGGCACGGUGAGCCUGGCAUUGCUGUGCUGGACAACAGGAUCUAUGUGUUAGGUGGCCGCUCACACAACCGCGGCAGCCGCACAGGCUACGUGCACAUUUACGAUGUGGAGAAGGACUGCUGGGAGGAAGGGCCCCAGCUGGACAACUCCAUCUCAGGCCUAGCGGCCUGUGUGCUCACCCUGCCCCGCUCCCUGCUCCUUGAGCCGCCCCGCGGGACCCCUGACCGCAGCCAGGCCGACCCGGACUUUGCCUCUGAGGUGAUGAGUGUGUCUGACUGGGAGGAGUUUGACAACUCCAGUGAGGACUAGGCUCCCCGUGCCUGGCAUCAGAGGGAAGGGAGGCUGGGGCUGCAGGGCAGUGAAACCCACGCAGCCUAGGCCAGAGCACUUUACUCCAGGCAGGGCCCCUGCCCCUGUUGGCCACAGCUUACGGGCCCUGCCCUCUUUCUUCACACCAGCCCCUUGGUCAGCCUGCCGCAGGCAUCUCAGGGCCGUGCAGAUCCCAGGCUGUGGAUUACAUCACUGCAGGAACUGCUUCUGAAAGGCUUUGGCCUUCCUCAGUGAGCCCUGGAGGGGUUGGCCUUCUCUCCUCCCUGCCUAGAUCAGUCCUUCUCCAAAAGGACCUGGGAGCUGGCAGCCUGGGCAGGGGGGCUGAGGCACGUGGUAGCCCUCUUUCUGUGAAUGGGGUGGGGCUGUGGGGGCAGCUGGGGUUGGAGGAUGAGAGCUCCUGAGGGGCAGAGGAGCAGAGAUGCAUCAGCUCGCCUGGGACUGGCUCUGUGAUAAAAAAGACCCCUCCCGCUGGGUUUUCAGACCCCAUGUUGUUGAUCAAUGAAAUAAAGCAUCUUACAGAAGGUGUUAACUGUU